GUGAGCGUCUACAGGACCCCCACGACCAAUGGUUGAGUCUCAUCUCCGAAACUGAUGCAACGCGUCAGAGAUGCUGUAUAACCUGCGCGCAGGAGGACAGAGAUACCGACACCAACGGAGCGCCUGGAAUCAAGCACACUCCUGCUUUUUACCGAUCGAUCAAAGGGAGGCACAGUAAGCAGCAGGCCAGAGAUGCUCUCCCACUGAGGUUGCACCCUGCCCUGUUGACAUGGCAACCAGAAGGAAAAGCUCGACAUCAAAGGGAGGAGGUGUGCAUUUCCCUGAUGAUACAGAGGCGGAUGCUCUCAGUGAGACCUGUGAAGACACACAGCAGGACAAGGUCAUCGUUGCUGUAGCAGAACCAGAUGGAGCUUACAUGGUCAAAGCAGGAUUCCUCAGAAGCCAUCAUAAAUACAAGAUUAUCUUCUCCCUCCCACAAAUCCCCACUCUGGGCAAAGACACCUCCCUCUCGCCAGCAUUGCGGACCACACCCAAGCCCCGCCUACGAGCCACCCGCAUCAUACCACGCCCUGAAGGGGGCAUGAAGGUUGUGUGUGAGUACAGUGCACAACAGGAAGGAGUGGUACAGGAGGAGCUCACACUGGUCAACCGUAGCAGACGGGACAGUAGUGUUAGAGUUAGACUGCAGGCCCGAGUGAUGGACCGCCAUCAUGGGACACCCAUGUUGCUGGAGGGAGUGCAUUGCUUGGGGACAGAGAAAAAUAUUGCCUCGGAAGCCAGUGACCGAAAGAAGAUCUAACCAGAGGCCUCCCUUUGAUGCAUAUUUGACCAAACCCAGACUGGAAUAAGGAAAUGACCACAGCGCUUCAGAAUCUACUCUCACUGCUAACUGCUUCUCACACUAUUUCUAGCAAUUUGCACAACAUGGCUUUUCAGCUUAAAGCUCAGCACUGCGUUCGAUCCACGCUUCAGCCAGCUAGUCUUGAUGUUGGACAUAAAAAAAAGAUAUGGACUUCAAUAUAAUGCAUUACAACAGAUCACUGGGAAUGGAGUUAGAAUGCACUGUAGCAACUCAGUAGUAAGAGCAGCAGUACUGAAGCCUCCAGCUGAGGACCAGAGGGCUGUUGCAUGUUCAGAUCAGAACUCAGAACUGUUGCAUGUUUAAAAACAUGAGAUGCAAAGCUGCCUGGGACCAGGGUUUCUACUGUUCCUGCAAAAGUCACAUAAAGUGAAGUUUCAGGUAUAUACCCCCUCAUCUUCUGAAAUCAUAAUUCAAGCCCAGAGAAGGUAUACUCUUUAGUCUUUAGGUGGGAUGAAAACCUUUUACUUAGGGUCUUUUCUAAGAACUGAGGAGCAAAAGAGUAUUUGCCUUUAAAGCAAAUAUUUUUUUUAGAUUUGUUCUGGGGUUUUCAUUAAAGCCAGAAAGCACUACUGCACUGAUAAGAAAACAGAGCAGAUCCGAAGAUAUACAUGUAAGAUACUGUUAAGUAUUGGACCAAAAUCCUUCACAAAUCCUCCAUUAUAAAGUUAUUUAACAAAUAACUGCAUUAUAUUUGAUUUGUACACAGGACUUUUAUCAACUCAGUAAUCACAAUAUCAUAUUUGAACACUUUUCAGCUAAGUCACUAAUAAAAAAAAGGCUACCAACAAACACUAAUGCAAACUAAUGGGGAGAUUUUUUUAAAACUAUUUUCCAUUAGCUAUUUUGCCAUUACUAAUAGGUUAUGUAAUGCAUAGUCUUCUGUGGAUCAUAUAUUCAUUUUGACAUACCGUUCAGCAUUGCCAGCACAUUCCAUGAGAAAUCUCUUAUUGUAAUGUAAAUCUCUUAUUGUAAUGUAAAUUGUAAAUCUCUUAUUGUUUAGGCAAAAGCCUGAACUAUAGAUUUUGUUUACUUGUUUGAAUGCUUUGACAAUGAUUAAACAUUCUACUAGAGGGUG